AGAAGGUGGGCCCCACCCAUCAACUGCGUUUGGUAAGCCAUGGGUGAUGGCAUGCAUGUGGUGAUGCUUCCAUGGCUGGCUUUUGGUCACAUGAUCCCAUUCCUUCAUCUUUCCAUAGCCUUAGCCAAAUCUGGCAUCCGAAUCUCCUUCCUCACCACUCAAAAAAACAUCCAAAGGCUCCCUAAGAUCCCUCCACAUCUAACGGCUCUGAUCAAUCUAGUCGAGCUUCCUUUCCUAUCCAUUGACGGCCUACCCGAAGGCGCCGAGGCCACUGUUGAUAUCCUCCAUGGGACCAACGAGUACUUAAAGAAAGCCUACAAUCUCUCUUACCCCUUCUUUGAGCAGUUCAUCACCGAUGAAUCAUCCGAUUGGAUUAUCCAUUCAUUACAAGGAUGCUCGAUGAUGGCCAUUCGGACUUGUGCUGAGUUCGGAGGAGAGUACUUAGGCUUACUAAAGAAGUUGCACCAGAUACCCGUCAUUCCUAUCAGAUUACUUCCACCAAGGCUACUAGAGAAGAGAGAAACAACCGACCCCAAGUGGGCAAAAACACUUAAAUGGCUCGAUGAACAGCCUAACAGAUCAGUGGUGUUUGUUUGCUUUGGAAGUGAAUGUAAACUGAGCAGAGAUCAAGUGUUUGAGAUUGCUUAUGGCCUUCAACUCUCCAAUUUCCCAUUUCUAUGGGCCCUCAGGAGGCCUAUAUGGGCAACCAAUGACAUGGAUACCUUACUACUAGGAUUCGAGAGCUGGAUUGCCAGUCGUGGGGUCGUCCAUAUGGGUUGGGUCCCUCAGUUGGAGAUAUUGGCCCACUAUGCCAUUGGUAGAUCUUUGUUUCAUUCUAGAUGGGGGUCCAUCAUCGAGACAGUCCAGUAUGGGCAUGCGCUCAUCGUAUUGCCUCUCGCAAACGUCCAGUCGUUGGAUGCGAGGCAUUUGGUGGACAAGGGUCUGGCCAUACAAGUUGAGAUAAACAACGAUGGGUCAUUUCACAGGGAUGCAAUUGCUCGGUCUUUGAGGUGGGCCGUGGUUGAAGAAGAAGGAGAAAGCAUUAAGCGCAAAUCAAUGGAAGUGAGACCUGUUUUCAGUGAUCAAAAGCUCCACCAAAGCUAUUUGAACGAAUUUAUCAAUUUCUUGAAAAGCUCUGAUGGAAAGUGGGAAACAACUGAUCCGAAAUAA